UGACAGAGUGAGACUCCGUCUCAAAAAAAUAAUAAUAAUAAAAAUAAAAUAAAACGGUGGUUGCAGGGAGCUUAGAUGGGUGAUAACAUAUACUAGGUUGGUCAUUUCCUGGGCUACAUACCUUGUACUGAGUGGCAUUGUACAAAUAAGUUCCUUUUAACAUUCCUGUACAUUCAUAAUAACUAUAGAACAGAAGGAUUGUUUUAAUUUGCUGUCCUAUCUGAGUGACCUGAUGAAUACACUGGGAACAGUCCUUAGUUUGAGGAAGGUCAGUUGAAGCCUUUACUGUACAAGUCUAAAAUUUAAGAAAAAUGAGUCCCGUGAUGAGCCUCCUCGUGCUCCGGCCGUGUGUAGACCAGUCAGCUUCUGGGUGUGAUUGGAGCAGGGCUUGUCGUCUUCUUCAGGGUCACUUUCAGGGGUUAUGUGGGCUUGGUCUUGCCUCCCAGGUUUCAGGUGCAGGUUUUACACAGCAGUGGUGGAUCCAGGCUGGGAUUCCUUCUACCUUCAUGGCGGUGGGUGUGGUCAGGAUGACAGUCUGGGGUCCUUUCCACUGUAGGUGCAAAGGGGCUACAUUCCAGUCCUUGAUCCACACUCGAUCACCUCGGGAAAAAGAGUGAACUGGGGAGAAUAACGGGGCAUCUCUCAUUUACCUAGGCUGAAAUCAUUUGUGUAAUUUUUCCUAAGGCCUAUAGCUAUCUCUGUAACUCAAUUUCACCUAACUCUCGGGGAGUGCCCGGGAGUCCCUGUAGUAUGGGAGGGGGUCUAUGAUAUAAUAUUUCAUAACGGGAAUAUCCGCUUCUCUCAGAGGGAGGGAGUACAUCUUGUCUUCAACAAUACCAUAGGGAGAGCCUGUAUCUGUUUUAAUCCUGUUUCCUGACACACUUUCCUUAAGCUAUUUUGAUAGUCCCAUUCAUCCGCUUCACCUUUCUGGAACUCUGAGGUUGGUAGGCAGCACGUAGUUUCCAUGUGAUCUUUAAUACCUUUGCCGUCUUCUGUACUGAGUCAGCCACAAACGCCGGCCUGUUAUCUGAGCUGAUCCAUAAGGUCAGUCCAAAUCUAGGAAUAAGAUCUCGAAGAAGCACAUGGGUUACUUCAUGAGUUUUUCAGUUCAUAUGGGAUAAGCCUCCACCUUCCUAGAGUAGGUACACAAGGGAACGAGUAAAUACUUGUUACUUCUACACUUUGGCAUUUCUGGGAAGUCCACCUGGAGAUCUUCAAAGGGGGCUGCUUUCCAUUCCAUGCCGGCAGAAUGGCUGAACCCUGCCUCGCAUGGUGCUGUCAGCAGGUAACACACCGCUCGCCAUGGUUUUGGCAAGAGCUGACAAAUGCUAGAUGUAGAAGUAUCAGCCCAACAACUUUUCAAGUGACUCCUGACCUAGAUGGGUGGUUUCAUGCACCCCCAGUACAACUGCGGCUCCUAGCAGCUGUGGCACAGCUACUCUCCUAUUUGGUAGCCGAGUCCUUCCUUCUUCCAUCACCUGUCCUCCCUCUGCCUGGAGAAAGCCUUUUUCUUAUUUAGAAUAAGUAGGUACAAGGUCAGGUGCUUGAGGGAGCAGGGGGGCUGUGACUGAUGCCCAGCUUUUCUAGCUUCUGAGUCAGUUCUGGGGUUCCCUAAGGUAACUGAGGUGGAGACUGCCACCUUGUGGGUUUUCUGUACUGCUUCUAAUAAUUGCAAGAUUUUAUGUCUUUUUCUCCAGAUUUCAACAGGCCCUUUUCUUUAUAUAAUGCUCCAUGCACUUGUAGGGUUAAAAAGGCAUACUGAGAGUCAGUGUAAAUGUUUUCAGUCUUACCUCCACUGAGUUCUAAGGCCUGAAUUAAAGCAAAGAGCUCGGCUUUCUGAAGUGCCCUGGGGCAACGCUCUGGCGUCAAUGGCAGUGUCCAGGGUUACCACCGCAUAUCCUGCACAUCUGUCUCCUUGUGGGUUGACGAAGCUGCUCCUGUCCAUGUAUGGCUCCCAGUCUACUGAUGCCCAAGGCUGGUGCCGGAGGUCAGGCCUGCUAGAGUAAACUGAGUCCAACACCUCUACACAGUUAUGCUCGGCAGAGCUCUCUGAUACCAGGAGCAGGGUGGUGGGUUCAGGGUGUUACAAACUUCAGUGGUUAUGCAGGGAUUUUCACAGAGGUACUUGGUUAGUCUAGCAUUCGUUAGCCAAUGAUGUCCUUUGGUAGUCAUUAAAGUCACCACAGCAUGGGAGGCCUUUAUGUUCAGGUUUUGCCUAAGAGUUAGUUUUUGUGCUUCUUUUGCUAGCAGGGCAGUUGCUGCCAAGGCCCUCAAACAGGGGGACUAACUGUAGAGGACUGCGUGCUCGCAAACGAGAUGUUCCCGAUAAGCCCUGCUCUUGCAAACAAAGCAGGACAUUCCUUCUCUGCAAAGAGGAAGGACAAAGGAGCCAGCUGUAAACAGCGGGCUCUGGGAACUGGUCAAUGUUUACUGAUCUUGCGAGUCAAGGAAAGGUCAGAGAAGCAACACAUGCCCUGUGACUUGGCUACAUUCCACAAAUGGCUGUAUAAAAUAAAGCAGAGUGUGCUGUUUGGGGAGGCCGCCAUGUAUGUCUUGUCCUGUGUUGUCUUGUGUGUUCAUUCCUUUGUUUAGGAAACACGCGGACCCCAACAACUGGCGCAGCGAGCAGGGUCCGUGGCUCCAAGAGAGCAAGGAACCGGAGGGGGAGCACCCCGGGUCUUCCUGUGGAACUUUCUUAUCUCUGCAUGAUCUCUGGUGCAGUGGGUAGCAGAGGACCACCUUUCUCUCAGGAUUUCCAAAGACUCAUGUUACAUGAGGAAGCCACCAAGAAGAGCAAAGAAAAGGAUCCAGUGGCUCUUCCUCAGGGACGCUUGACUUUCAGAGAUGUGGCUAUAGAGUUCUCUUUCAUGGAGUGGAAAUGCCUGAACCCUGCGCAGAGGGCUUUAUACAGGGAAGUGAUGUUGGAGAACUACAGGAACCUGGAGUUUGUGGAUAGCUCAUUAAAAUCCAUGAUGGAGUUCUCAUCACAUGAGCACAGUAAUACAGGAGAAGGGUUCUACACAGGGACAUUGGAAAGACAUAAAAGUUAUCACAUUGGAGAUUUUUGCUUCCCAGAAAUCAAGAUAGAUAUUCAUCACUUUGAGUUUCAGUGGCAAGAAGUUGAAAGAAAUGGCCAUGAAACACCUGUGAUAGAAAAUAAAGAGUUGACUGGUAGUACAGACCGACAUACUCAAAGGCAUGCUGGAAAUAAGCCUAUUAAAGAUCAGCUUGGAUCAAGCUUUCAUUCGCAUCUGCCUAAACUGCGCAUAUUUCAGACACAAGGGAAAAUUAGCAACCAAGUGGACAAGUCUGUCAGUGGUGCUUCCUCAGCUUCAACAUCCCAGAGAAUUUCUGGUAGGCUCAAAACUCUUAUUUCUAAUAAGUAUGGGAAGAAUUUCCUCCAUUCCUCAUUAUCCACACAAAUACAGGAAACACGCAUGAGAGAAAAACCUUGCCAAUAUAAUGGGUGUGGCAAAGCUUUUAAUUAUAGCUCACUCUUAAUGAGACAUCACAUAACCCAUUCAAGAGAGAAACAAUAUAAAUAUGAUGUCUGUGGCAAGAUCUUUAAUCAGAAGCAAUACCUUGCAUGUCAUCGUAGGUGUCACACUGGUGGGAAAACUUACAAGUGUAAUGAGUGUGGGAAGACCUUCACUCAGAUGUCAUCCCUUGUAGGCCAUCGUAGACUUCAUACUGGAGAGAAACCUUACAAGUGUAAUGAGUGUGGCAAGACCUUUGGUCAACAUUCAGCCCUUGUAAUUCAUAAGGCAAAUCUUACUGGAGAGAAACCUUUCAAGUGUAGUGAAUGUGGCAAGACCUUCAGUCAGAAGUCAUCCCUUCAGUGCCAUCAUAGACUUCACACUGGAGAGAAACCUUACAAAUCUGAAGAAUGUGGCAAGGUUUACAUUCACAGAUCACACCUUGAAAGACAUAGGAGAAUUCAUACUGGAAAGGGAUCAUACAAAUGUAAGGUUUGUGACAAGGUUUUCCGGAGUGAUUCACACCUUGCAGAACAUCAGAGAGUUCAUACUGGAGAGAAACCGUACAAGUGUAAUGAAUGUGGCAGGAGUUUCAGUCGGAAGUCAUCCCUUCAAUACCAUCAUACACUUCAUACUGGAGAGAAACCUUACACAUGUAAUGAAUGUGGCAAGGUUUUUAGUAGAACAGAAAACCUUGCACAUCAUCAUAGACUUCAUACUGGAGAGAAACCUUACAAAUGUGAAGAAUGUGACAAAGUUUUCAGUCGCAAAUCACACCUUGAAAGACAUAGGAGAAUUCACACUGGAAAAACCACUACAAAUAAACCUUACAAAUGUAAAGAAUGUGACAGAGUUUUUCGGAGUGAUUCAUGCCUUGCAAACCAUAUGAGAGUUCAUGGAGAGAAACCUUACAAGUGUAAUGAAUGUGGCGGAGUUUUUUAGUAAAAGUGCCUUGCAAACCAUAUGAGAGUUCAUACUGGAGAGAAACCUUACAAGUGUAAUGAAUGUGGCAAGGUUUUUAAUCAAAAAGCAAACCUUGCACAACAUCAGAGAGUUCAUACUGGAGAGAAACCUUACAAGUGUAAUGAAUGUGACAGAGCCUUUAGUGGGAAGUCAACACUUAUUCACCAUCAAGCCAUCCGGUGUAGGGAAACUUUACAAAUAUAAUGAUUCUCACAAAGUCCUCAAUAAUGCUACAGUCAUUGCAAAUCAUUAGAGAAUCCAUAAUGAAGUGAGAUCUACAAAUGUAAUAAAUGUGGAAAAUUUUUCAGA